AUGAGAGAAUUGUACAUUAAAUCAGGUAAGGGAUUCUUGUUGGUGUAUUCUGUGACCGACGAAAACUCGUUGAAAGAGUUGUUGGCGUUGAGAGAACAGGUAUUGCGUAUCAAGGAUUCUGAUAACGUGCCAAUGGUAUUAAUUGGUAACAAAUGUGAUUUAAAUGACGAUAGAGAAUUAAGUAUAGAUGAUGGUAUAAAAGUUUCACAGGAUUGGGGUCUUGUGCCAUUUUAUGAAACCAGUGCCAUGUAUAAGACAAACGUCGACGAGGCAUUCGUCGACGUUGUAAGACAAAUUAUGAGAAAAGAUGCAGCUACCAGCGCAGAAAAGAAACAACAGAAGGAAUUGCAAAAGCAGAGCGAGGUGACGGCGGAUGAAGCAGGUGAUAAUAACGUGGUCGCCGCUGAUGCUACAAACGCUACUUCUAAGAAUAAAAACCUGUCUAAAAAAACCCGUUCUAAUCAAGUCAAAAAAGACGCCUCCAAUCCUGAUUCCAAGAACAAGUCCAAAUGCUGUGUUAUAAUGUGA